AUGGAAACGGAGCUCAAGGAACCAAAUCAAAUCACCCAACAAGGAAUACUCUCCAGGUCCGACCAGGAUAUCCCUAGUCACACGUACCCCAUCCAACAGGUCCAAAUCGAAUCUCCGGACGUCCGAGAAGAUGUACAGGAUUGGGCAUUGAUCGUCCUGACAAUCCUUUCCUCCGUCUUCCUCUUCUCACUAGACAACACUAUAGUCGCAGACGUGCAGUCUCCAAUUGUUGAACGGCUUGGGGAGGUGGGCAAGCUGAGUUGGCUCGGAGUUGCUUUCGGUUUCUCGGGCUCGGCCACCAUCAUCGCAUGGGGCAAACUAUUCGGCAUUUUCAGCGCCAAAUUCCUCUACUUGUCCUCCGUUGUGAUGUUCGAGGUCGGGAGUGCAGUCUGCGGUGCAGCUCAAACGAUGAAUGCAAUGAUCGUGGGUCGUGCUGUCGCUGGCCUCGGGGGCGCUGGGAUGUAUUUGGGUUGCUUGACAUUGCUCUCGAUCACUUCAUCAGUUCGCCAAAGACCGCAGUAUAUGGCUCUCACGGGAAUUAGUAAAUGCCAAUUGAACACGACCAAAGAGGCAGCACAAGCUGAUAAACUGAACAGCAUGGGGUCUUGGGACUAUUUUUGGGACCUGUGGUCGGUGGCGCAUUUGCCGAAAAUCGACAUACAACCUGGCGUUGGUCGUUCUACAUCAACCUCUGCAUCGGAGCGGCCUUUUCCCCAAUCUACAUUUUCUGCCUGCCCCGUGGUGACCCCCCAGACAGCCACGAGUUUCCGACAAAAGCUCCUACAGAUCGAUUACCUGGGAAUGACCUUGAAUGUCGGAGCUUUCACAGCACUGAUCAUGGCCACCAACUUCGGAGGUAAUAUCUUUUCGUGGGAAUCCGGUCGGGAGAUAGCGCUAUGGGUGGUAGGAGGCGUGGUACUACUUCUCUUCGUCUUGCAGCAAGCGUUCAGCGUCGGUACCACGGAGACCGAAAGAGUGUUCCCAGCAGACUUUCUGCGGAUGCCUUUGAUGUGGCCUCUGUUUUGUCUCAUGUGCUGUGCUGCUACAUGCGUGUUCGUGCCGACAUACUACAUACCGCUACACUUCCAGUUCGUCCGAGGAGAUUCGCCUUUAAAGGCAGCGGUCGGGCUGCUCCCAUUCGUAUUCCCUAUGGUAUUUUGUGGCUUGGCUAAUGGUGCUGCUAUGAAAAAGCUGGGAUACUAUAUGCCGUGGUAUUUAGUGGGAGGGGUUCUGACUGCCCUUGGAGGUGGCUUAAUGACGACUGUCAACGAGAACACUUCGACAUCACAUAUCUAUGGAUACUCCGCAUUGAUCGGCAUUGGUGCUGGGAUGUACAUCCAGACGGGGUUCUCAGUAGCCCAGGCCAAAGUAGCCUCAUCGCGUGCAUCCGACGCAGCCUCCUUUAUUGCUCUGGCACAAAGUAUCGGGAUUACCCUUGCUUUGGCCAUUUCUGGUGCCGUCUUCCAGAACCAGGCUCUCAACGAAUUGCAAACCUUGAUACCCCAGUAUCCUCGAGAGACACUUCGCGGAGCAAUCCUCGGUCCAAGCAGUGGCCUGCUGAAACAACUACCGGACGCAGUUCGCACAGAAGCACUUCAUUCAAUCGUCAAAUCAAUGUCUCACACCUACUAUCUUGUUGUGGUUGCGGGUUGCAUGGCCGCUGUUGGAUCUCUUUUCAUGAAGAGAGAGCGCAUCUUUAUCAAGGCCGCCACUAUGGGCUAG